AUCUACCAAUGAAUGCAAACUCUAAAACAUUAAUUACUUUCGGAAUUAGAUAAGUGCAGAUAUGAGGAUAAGAAAUUAAACAUUAAAAAUAAAAGCGAAGCAAAUCCACCAUGACGAUAUCGAACAGAAUAUGCAGAAGAAUGUCACCCAGAUGUUUCGCUUUGUCGGCAAUAGGCCUAACAGUUUUACUAUGCGUAUAUUACACCAGCUACACAUCAGAUGUAAAUCAGAGGGUGGAUCAGAGUCAACGAGCCGAAAUUUCAGGGAGUAGACAAACACAAAGGUUCUUUAGAAACAUUAUCAGAAACACAGAACGCUACGGUCAAGACAAGUCGUUUGAAGUUUGCCCAAAGUUAACUGCUGCAGAAGCCGAUGUCAACACCGUAGAAGUGUAUAAAGACUUUGAGUUUCAGCCCUAUUGGAUGAAGAGUAAAGAGUAUUGGGACAAAACUUUCGAAGAUCGGUAUGAACGACAGAAGAUGGAUCCAGAAAGACCACACCUUAAAGUUAUAAUAGUACCUCAUUCGCACAAUGACCCAGGUUGGUUAAAGACCUUUGAGAACUACUUCCAUUCGUCUUCAAGACAAAUAAUGAACAAUAUGGUAGCUAAAUUGCAACAAUACAAAAAUCUUACUUUUAUGUGGUCGGAAAUUUCGUUUUUGAACGCUUGGUGGGAGGAGGCUCAUCCCAGUAAACAAAGAGCUUUAAAAGAUUUUGUUCAUUCUGGAAGAUUAGAAAUUACUACAGGUGGAUGGGUUAUGACGGACGAAGCUAAUUCACAUGUGUAUGCUAUGGUUGACCAGCUAAUCGAAGGUCAUCAAUGGGUCCUAAACAAUUUAGGCAUAAAACCUCAAUCAGGUUGGUCAGUAGAUCCCUUCGGUCAUGGCAGCACUGUUCCGUAUCUUCUGGCGGCUUCUGGUUUAAAGGGUACUGUUAUUCAACGAAUCCACUACGCUUGGAAACAGUGGCUAGCAAUGAAACAGUAUGGCGACUUCCGAUGGAUACCUAACUGGACUCCUGCCGAUCCUUAUGGAUCCAUUCUGACCCAUAACCAACCUUUUGAUAUUUAUUCUAUUAAACAUAGCUGCGGACCACAUCCUUAUAUUUGCCUGAAUUUUGAUUUUAGAAAGGUACAGGGCGAAUAUACAGAGUAUUCCUUAAAAGCUCAAGCAAUUACAGAUAAAAACGUUAAGGAAAAGGCAGAAUUGUUACUGGAGCAAUACGCCCGAACGGGAUCAUUGUUCCCUCACAAUACGGUUUUGAUGCCUUUGGGAGACGACUUUAGAUACAAUGUCAAAGAGGAAUGGGAUCAGCAAUACACGAACUACAUGAAACUGAUCGAUUAUAUUAAUGCCAAUAAAAAGACUUAUAAAACUGAUAUCAGUUUCGGAACACCAGCUAUGUAUUUUGAGGAAAUUGUAAAGCGGUAUAGCCAGUUUCCCACAUUAAAAGGAGACUUUUUCGUAUAUUCAGACAUCUUUACUGAAGGACGACCUGCUUAUUGGUCUGGAUAUUUUACGACCAGGCCCUUUAUGAAAUUAUUAGAUAGAGAAUUAGAAAGCUCCCUUCGAGGUGCCGAGAUUCUCUACACCAUUGCUCUUAAUAAGGCGAAACAAAAUAAGUUGGCGUCAUAUUUGAAAGUUCUAGAGAGAGAUUUUGAGAAAUUGAUUAGGGCACGACGAUACUUGGGACUUUUUCAACAUCAUGAUGCCAUCACGGGUACCAGUAAAUCAUUUGUAAUGAGAGAUUAUGGAUUAAAGUUGUUUGAAGGGAUUAGAGAUACUGUUAACAUCCAACAAAACGCCCUUCAAAGCCUUUUAUUUCCAGACAUUCCUAUUAAGCCCGACCAAAAUUUGGUUUUAAGUGAUAUUGAACGAGAAUCAUUUGAAAAGCUUCCUCGAAAAACACCGUUGCAAAUAGGACCUAUAGGUGUCAAUCAAUCGAGAAGAAUUAUUGUCUACAAUUCUUUAAGUUUACCUCAAGAACAAGUCAUACAGCUCAGAGUCAAUACCAGCAACGUAAAAGUCGUUGAUAGUGAUGGCCUCAAUGUUCCUUAUCAAAUUAACCCUGUGUGGGACCUUUCCGAUUUUUCGAAGAUGUACAUAGCGGCAGAUGAAUUCGAAUUAGUAUUUAUAGCCAAACUACCAGAGCUGUCUGUUACAUCGUUCAAUAUUGUGUAUGAAGCAUCUGUCAAAGAAAAGCUUACUACCAUUUAUUGUAAAAAUUGUCAAAAGUCAACUACCAUUAUUAGUACUGAAAACGAGGUAAAGGCGGAAACCUUAAAAUCACAAUUCAAUAUUAAAGAUAUUCCUGCUGGAGAUAUUCAGUUAGAAAAUAAUAAAUUUAAGAUAUUAUUUAAUGGAAAUACAGGGUUUAUGAAGACUAUAACUAGAAAACAUAACCCCAAAAUAAUGCAGUGUGGAAUUCAAUUUGCCGCUUACCGUAGUGCUCAGUUCCACUCAGGGGCGUACCUGUUCAUGCCUGAUCCCAACGAAAGAGACUAUGAGAAGGACGUCCUAUCGCAAUAUAAAGAUCAAAAGAGUAUUAUUAUAACUAGCGGACCUCUUUCUACGGAAAUUUCUGUUAUCUAUGGACCAUUUUUGAUGCACACUGUGACUGUCUAUUUGGUGGAAAAUUCAACAUUGGCUAAUGGGAUUUAUAUAGAGAAUGCCGUUGAUUUUGAGAAUCCUCCCAAAAAUAGAGAAACAGAAUUAUUUAUGCGGAUUCUGUCUGAUGUUCAGAAUGGCGAACCUCCUGAAUAUUACUCAGAUCUUAAUGGUUUUAAUAUGCAAAGACGAGUUAAGAUAGAGAGAAUAGGUUUAGAAGGCAACUAUUAUCCUACUACCACCACAGCUUAUAUUCAAGACAAUAAUAUCCGCCUCAGUCUUUUAGUCAACCACGCUCAGGGCAGUUCCAGUUGGCAGCCAGGCUUUCUAGAAGUUAUGCUCGACAGAAGAACAUUAUAUGAUGAUUCCAGGGGAAUGGGCGAAGGAUUAGUUGAUAACCGAAAAACUGUUAGUAAAUACUGGUUAUUGGUAGAAGACAUAUCACAAGUUAAGCCUGACAGUAAGCCGCAACCUAAAAGGUUUGAUAAUGGAGACGAUCCAUAUGGAAAGGAAGAUGUUGUUAGAUCCUUCAAUUUACCAACAGAACCACCUACUACCGUAAAACAAGACGUAUUUUCACGACCAUCUCUGUACAGCAACCAUCUUUCAAAUUCUCUCAUCUAUCCAGCCAGCAUAUUCAUCGUGGACUCUGGUCACCAAUCAACGAUGAACCAUUCUCUGAAAUUAAUAAACAAACCAUUCCCAUGUGAUACGCACUUAUUAACUCUCCGCACCCAACCAGAUCCUAUUUACUCCCAGUUUCCUUCCUCCAGCGCUUUAAUGGUCCUACACAGGCAAGGUCACGAUUGCGCAGUAGGAGGCAAUUAUACUUGUGAUGUAGAUAAGUUUGCGAAAGACUUAAAUUUUGAAUUUGUGAGUGUGAAAGAAAUGGAAUUGAAGACUUUAACGGGUUUAGACACAAUUUCAAGUUUGCACAGUUUCGGUGAAGUUUAUUUGGAACCUUUGUCUCUAAAGACUCUUAAUGUUACUUUUGGCUAAUCUCAUUUUUUCGGUGUUGUUUUUGGGGCAUUUGUUUUAAAAAUAAAUUUUCAGUUUAAAAUAUUAUCCAAAUUAAAUGAACACUUGAACAAAAAUAUGUUGGACAGGUUUAAAUACAAUAAUAUAAAAUAGAUUGGAAAAAGAACAGUGUUUCAUGUAUAGCACAUUAGACAUCUAUAAAAAUAAUUGUAUUCGAAAUCUGAAAAUUUGUACUUUCGGAAUUAAUUAUAUUUUUACAAAGUUUGCUGGAGACAGGAUUUGAACAAGAACACAAUCUUAUUUGUACACCAAUUUUGGGUAAUGUUUAUUUAGAAAGAUUCAUCAUAAUUCCAUUUCAAUAUAUAGGGUCUUCACAAAUUUUACCUUGUUUUUUAAUUUUAAACAGACAAUAUAAAAUAAGAAAUUAAUUGUCUUUUUAGGUAGUAUUACUAAUAUUAGGGUUUCCUAUACCUGAAGUUUUUGUUUGGAAUUAAUUUUGAUUCAAAAUGGUAGCUUUCAUUUAUUGUUGUCAUAGCAAAAAAUAAGGAUUUGCAAACUCUCCAACUGUUAUUGUUGUUAGUCGUAUUAUUUGUAUUUUAUUUAUCUUAAUAUAAUUAGGUAAUUUUACCUACAACAAAUAACGCCUAGUCUAAUAAUGUCUAAUAAAUAUUAAACUUUUUUGCCACUAGAAGGUAAUUUAUGUAACACUUUCAUAAUUUAUCGAUAAUUUGCAAAUUGGUUUCUAUCAAAUAUAUUGAUUACUCCUGUAUCUGGUUAAGACAAACUCAAAUACGUUAACGUUUUUUGUCAAUUUUGAGUUUUAUUAUCAUAGUUUCGGAAUAUAUGUCUCCAACUAUCAAUCUACUGAAUUGGAUAAUAUUUUAAAACAAUGGGGUAAUAAUAUAAAAAUAUCAAAAUAUUCUUGUAGAUAAUUGUAAAUACCUAGGGACUUUGUUAAAUCAGAUGUGUAGGUUUUGUAAUUUUUUUAUUUAUUAUUAAUAGUUUAAUUAUUAGUCAGUAUAAUAAUUAGUGCUGCAAUUUAUAAAUCAGUCAAUCUUGCCACAUAAAAUUUUAGAAAAAAAAAUAUCUUUUUAAUAGCAGCUUUAUUCCAAAAAGAAAAUUAUUCAAUGACUUCUCUCUUCUAAAUUUAGGUACCUAAGAUAAACAGCUAACAGAAUCCAAAAUUAUUUUAAUAAUGAAUUGGUAAAAGUAUCUUUUUUUGUGCCGUGAAUAUGUUAUCAAAGGACAUAAGUAUUGUUUUUAAAAACACAAGAUACUCAUAAUUUUGUUUUGUAUUGUCAAAUUGUUAAUAAUUAUCAUUCAGCCUGCUGCGUCUAUUAUAAAACAUAGACCUUCUCCAAAAGUAGCCCUAUUCUGCUUGCUGUUGCUAGAAUCUACACCUUCAUAACCCUUUGUCAGACUCGUAAUUUGAACUAUACAAACACAAUCGUGGUAUCUAUUUUACACAUCUAUUAAUAUAAUUAACACAAUUCACAUCAUGUAUCUAACACAUCUAUUAAUAUAAUUACAUGUCAUCAUAGUUGCAAUCUACAAAUUAAAACACAGAGGAAAGC